UCUUAGAAAAUAUCAUGUUCAUAAUGACACUCCUUAAUUUUGUUCUAUUAAAAUCAGUGCAAAGUUAGUUUAGACGGACUCUAAUAAAUUGUGCAAUCAAAAGUAAUUCGCCAAUAAUGAAAAUGGGAUUUGUACUUUUUUAAAUCUCGCACCAUCUCGUACAUUGCUCCGCUACCUCGGUCAUUUCCAUGGGACAGUUAUAAACAGAUUUAGGGUUCAUUGCCUAAUGAAUUGCUUUCUAAUUAUUCCUUACUAUUAAUACAACACCAGAAUAUCUUGAAUGACAUUCUUACUCCAAAACUUUAUGAACUAGGGGAUGUUGUAUGGUUUCCCAUACAUUGACCUAAGUAGAUUACACUUGUAAGGCUUCAGAGAGGGUGGACUGAUUUCCGACUAUUAUCGUAUGAACUGCGGCGAUGGACGCAAGUUUAACAGUGACAGCUUCAAUAUUGACAGAUCGUCAAAAUUUUGUGUUAAUAUUGUUUAAGUAAUAAUCCAAAAUUUUCUGUCGAUUUUGUGAAUAAUCAAUAUGGAUUCGUUUAUGGAGUAUUAUUUUGAGGAAGUGUUCUGUAAUUUGGACCGUGACUGUUUGAAUGAAAGAUACAAAAGGAAGGAGCUAGUGGAGUAUUUCAGCACGGUCAUCGCUGGAUGUGCAGCAGGGCAGAACCACACCGAUAACACAACUUGCAAGAACUUCAUCACAUCUGCUCUGAAGUACCACAACAACUGCAAAGCGACCAACGGAGACGUAUGCCUCAUGGGCAAAUACCACAACGUUCUGUAUAUAGCCAUGAAGUUGUCGUUUGAUUGGAGCCUCCAGGAUAAUGGAGUGGUUGCAGCUCUCUUGGAUGAGCUGUAUGCAUGUGAAAAGACGUUUGAGAGAAUAUUUUUGGGAGCUAUUUUUGGUACAUCAGCGCCUUACUUCCUAGCCGGUUGGAAAUCAGAUUUCAUGGACAAAGAAGAAAACGUACACGCACUAGUCUUCUUCUUGGAUCACGCCGCAAACGCCAACUUGGAAUACACAGAAGAGGGAAAAGUCUAUCGAUUUAUCGACGUUCCUCUAGAAAGUUGUGGAAAAGCAUCACCCGUGAGGGUAGUCAUACAAAUGGGAACAUCAGAAAUGCUAAUGAUCUUACUUAGAUUUGGUGCCCAAAUUUUCUCGGAUAAUGUUGCAACAAAUCCCGUAGAAUCCAUCCUGGAUAGGUUAAAGGACUACAACAGAGUGUAUCCAUAUGAAUUAGUUAGUUGUUUAAAGUUAGUGCUAAGAGCAAUACCAAAAAUAACUUUCACGGUUGACAAGAGAGCAUUUAAGCAUUUGGAAUUGCCUGAUGAUUAUAACUAUGACAGAAAAGUUGCUUUAGUGAAAUAUGGGGAAAUACUAGAGGACCAUUUGAUUCCAAGUUCAAGGUGUGGCCUACAGCCAGUGGAAUUGAAGCAUCUGUGUAGAUGUGUGGUACGGAAAAUGUUGUGGAAUAAUUUUGAAUUGCCUUUUGGUAUACCGAAGUUAGGAAUACCGCUUGCUUUGCAAAGAUAUUUAGACCUUUUGGAUGAUUAAACUUUUACUAACGA